AUGUCGGGAGUGUCCAAGCCGAUCUUGGAAGCCUUUGCGCGGUUUGAUACCGAUCAGACGCUCGGAUUCCUGUUGGCGCUGGACGGCACCUGGACGGAUGAAUCCAUCGACCAGCUGCUCUGCGAAGCGGAUUCCAGCAUGGAUGGAGAGUUGCAGGUGGAGGAAUUCAUCCGCUGGGUCUUCGCAGAGGAUUCUGCCACCCUGGGAGGUGCUGUGAACGCCGUGAAAGGCGCUGUGAAGGACGUGGUCUUGCUGGUUGCAGGUUGCUCUCGCUGGGAAGAGUUCGAUGGCGAGUACGUGCAGAUGCAAGGUAUGGUUCAUGGCCGGCGGCCAGUCUUUUACUGCGCUGAACUCAAGAAGUAUUUGUACUACCACGGCAAGCGAGGGCAAUGGCAGAUUCAUCACAAGAUCGGCAACUAUGCGAGUUGUCGUUUGAAGACAAAACGAGCCGUCCAUGUGGUAGGCUAUGACACCAGCGAAGUGUGGGGAGUGUGGGACAGCAGCAAAAAGAGCUUCGUGAAGGAACCUGAUAUGGGCGUGUGCAUUUGUCCACCUCCAACCCCUGAAGAGCGUUUGGAGGCCGCUCCCCUGUUGGCAUAUCAAUCAGAAUGCCCCGUGGAAGGCGCUGAAGCCUUGGGAUUGUGGCGAAAAACGCAGGAUCUCCUCAAUGGACGUCCGGUGUAUCGGAAGAUGCAGAGGCAGCGCGAUGGUUCCUUAAAAGAGAUGGAUUCGCAUCUCUUCUACACCGCUGGAAGGUGGAAGAUCUGUGAUCAGGGCGUCCUUGAAGACUCCACAUACUCUGCAUCCAGCGAAGAGACGGAGUGCUAUUCGCCAGCGAAAGCGACCUGGAAACACCAGGGAAAAGUGCGACAGUGGACAACUCCGAAUCAAGAGGAUUUCCGAUCGGUAGCGCCAGGCUGGCAUGAUCCGGAUUUCUCGGAGAUGAAAAUGAUGGGCGUGUGGAGUGAGACAACAAAGCAAGCCGAAUAUAUGCGGGCCUUGGAGUUGUCCCAGCUGAAGUCCCCGGGCAAAGUGGAGCUCUUUGGGGACGUUGAUCCAAGGGAUUCGAGACAAGGAGGCAUUGGGGAUUGUUGGUUGGUGGCGGCCAUCAGCGGCAUGGCCGAGUUCCCAAACUACCUCCGAGAUGAGAUUUUCCAGACCAAAGAGAUUCCGGAGGAUGGCAAGUAUGAGUUCAAGCUUUUCGAUUGGAGAUCCGGCGAGUGGAAAGUCAUCACCAUUGAUGACUACCUGCCAUGUAUGGCAGGUUCACUGGAGGAGCCAGAGACGGCUUCAACGAUGUAUGCCAAACUGCCUUCGGGUAAGAUGUGGGCAGCGCUGCUCGAAAAAGCCAUCGCCAAGCCUAUGGGAGGUUACCAUGCUUUGGACGGCGGCGUUCCCACGAUUGGCUUCGAGAUGAUGACAGGUUGCCAAGAACACAUCUACCAUGGAGCACCUCAUGGUACGCCAGUCCCGGAAUGGAAGGCAUUGGUGGAUAUUGACGUGGUGGAUGAGCCAGGAGGGCAAAACUUGGGCUGCUUGGGGAAGGAAGCUGUCUUCAAAGAAGCUGAAAGAAAUCGCUACCACGUGAAGUUCACCAAAAUCUCGGGUGAAGGCCCCGAUGAGGGCUGGCUGCCAUACUACGUCAAAGGACAGCGUGUGGCAGCGAGGAUCACCACAUUCCCCUGGCACGUGUACCCAACAUCAAAAAAAUCUGACGAUGAGAAAGAACAAUCUGAUGAUGAGAAGAUAUGGCAGAAACUUCUGCAGAUGGAUUUGGAGAACUUUCCUCUCUCCACUACAGUCGCUGAGAUUGAGAAUCGCUCAGAAGAACAAGCCAACCGGGAUGGGCUGGUACCAAACCAUGCGUACUCCUUCCUGCAUGCCAAAGAAGCGUGCGGUCGCCGUUUGGUCUGCCUGAGAAAUCCAUGGGGCUGCUUUGAAUGGCAGGGUCCAUGGAAUGAUAAGGGAGAGGAAUGGAAAGCCAACCCUGACGUUGCCAAAGCACUGCAAGUGGAUUUGAAGUCGGAUGGCGCCUUCUGGAUGGAAUUUGAAGACUUUACCUGGAACUUCAUGGGCAUCAUGCAGACAAAGAUUGCAAUGCCUACCAAGCGUGGUGGACAGGACCCUUCCAAGCGGUCAAGGGACAGGACGAACUGGUGGAAGUCGACGGGGAGUGAUGCGUUGUUUCACCAAGCGCUGCAAAGCAGCCUGGCGCAGUUGUGCAGACCCGGAUCAGCGGCCAUGGCCACGCUGGUGCAUCCGAACCAGAACGAGGCGCUCUCCGUGGAUGCGCGGCAGGAGCUCGACCUCCGUGUGGGAGUUGCUUUCUCCCGGUUGCAGACGAUGUACUUCCGGAAACACUUUGGGCAACAGCUCGGGAAGCAAAUGGUCACGUACGGUCCAUGUCAGAUUCCAACUUUAUGGUUCUGCGUUCACCGACAUGUUGAGAUUGAGGCUUUUGUUCCCGAAGCCUAUUGGCGGCUGGUCGCUACAUUGCCUGCAGGAGAUGUAUCUUUCCAAGCACUUGGCCAGAUGGGCAACAUCUGGGACGAAAGAGAGGCUCGCGCAGUUCUUCAACGUGCUCGGGAAGCAACGUCUGCCUCCGUCACAUCGCAACGCCAUUGGCUCAGCUCCUAUCGUCGGCCGCGGCCACUGAAUACCGUGGAGAUGCUGAAAAUGGCAUCUCAGGUGCUAGGCCUUGGUCCUGACGAUGCGUUGCAUGUGGCCGAAAGCCUCUACCUGAAAGGAAUUCUGUCGUAUCCUCGCACUGAGACGGACAGAUAUCCUGAAAAUUUUGACCUGGAAGAGACCGUCCGCUGCAUGGCGAGCCCAAGCUUGCCAUGGGCACAGUUUGCGCAGCAACUUGCAACAUCGGGGCUGACUGCACCGCGUGAGGACGGUCACGACGUAGGUGAUCAUCCUCCCAUUACGCCUGUGAAGUCUGCGACGUCCAGUCAGUGUGGCUCUGAAGCGGGCUGGGCUCUCUACGAAGAGGUUUGUCGCCACUUCUUGGCCACCGUCUCUCCCGAUGCCACGGUGCGAGAGGCAGAGCUGCAGCUGCAGCUGGGAGAUGUUGGUUUCACGGCCAGCAGUGGUCGCAUCACUUCCUUCGGCUGGGCACGAGUAGCCCGGGUGCAGUUGCAGGACACUGGUGCGGUUGAUCUCAGCGGUGGCUUCAACCAAGGAGACGCACUGAGAGUUUUGGACGUCUCGCUGAAGCAGCGCUAUACGGAGCCCCCGUUGCACCUCAGCGAGAGUGAGCUGCUGGCGCUGAUGGAUCGCCAUGGCAUAGGCACAGACGCCUCCAUGGCAUCUCAUGUGGGCAAUGUGCAAAGAAGGAAGUACGUCCAGUUGGACGACCAGACUCGACGGAUGAAACCUUCGGAGUUGGGCUUGGCUCUCUGCCAUGCGUAUAUGCUGAUUGAUCCCGAGCUGGUGCUUCCCACGGUGCGCGCCUCCAUUGAAAACGCCUGCGCUCGUGUGGCGCGCGGCGAAGCGCAUAAGUCACGGGUGGUGGAGCAAAGUCUCCGCACCUUCAAAAACAAAUUCUUUGGCUUUGCCCGUCAAAUCGAUCGGGUGCCGUUAAUGCUUGCGAUGGCCUACAGCCUGAACGGUCGAGCUGGUGGAGCGUCUCAAGGACGCGCUGCCGGCCAAAGUCUGGCCCUUUGGCAGGAGGCUGCUCGUCGAACCUUAGGUGUCUCCUUGGAGGAACUUUUAGACCUCAAGGACCACGUGGUCGUCACAGAAGCACCCGAAGGAAGUUUCAAUAUCCAAGAACUCUUCCAGAACAGUCCUGCAGUGCAACAAGUCCAGGAGGUGCUGGCAGAGCUUGGCUUCGCCGAGGCGCCUAGGGCUGCGGCUGAAGGCAAAGGUGGAGGGAAAGGCAAGAGGAGAAAAGGCGGCGGAAAAGGUGGUGGAAAAGGUGGGAAAGGCGGUUACCACGGUUACCAGUAG